CAGCCGGCUUCGGUCCAGCUUACCAGUCAGCGGGGCGGUCUAUCGCUGAGGGUAGCGAGGGUGGCGUCCACCACCUCCGUCCGAGCCGCCCCCUACGCCCACCCCCAGCACCAGGGGCUGGGGCAGGAGUGCAGGUGUAGGGAGGAGACGGGGGCAUUGGGUGGAGGUGGUGCGCACAUCCUCGGCAGCCCGAUGCUGUUCGUCCCGUUCACGGUACCCACCUUCCCUGCGACGCAUCAUCAGACGACUCACCCUGCGCAUCAGUCGCAUCAUCAACAGCUGCAGGCCAACAACCAGAAUCCGGUGCAGCAGCCGCAGCAGCUUACCCAGCUGAAUCAGCUGAGCCAUCUGAAUCAUCAGGGCAUCGUGCCGGCAACGACCAACCAGCCUAUACACAGCACCAGCUGUUCGCCGCAGCAACAAGCAACGACACCGAACAAGGAGAUGAAAGUUAACUGGGCGACGUCGCCGGGUAACCAACCAAAACAAGACACAAGCAAACACUAUCACAUAUUCGUUGGGGACUUGAGCCCGGAAAUCGAGACACACACCUUGAGGGAAGCAUUCUCAGCCUUCGGGGAGAUCUCGGAUUGCAGAGUCGUCAGAGAUCCUCAAACCUUAAAAUCCAAGGGAUAUGGAUUCGUUUCGUUCGUCAAAAAAGCGGAAGCAGAGAGUGCCAUUGGUAACAUGAAUGGGCAAUGGCUCGGUGGCAGAAGUAUUCGGACAAAUUGGGCCACUCGCAAACCUCCCGCACCUAAAUCCGAAGUAAACGCAAAGCCGCUGACGUUCGACGAAGUUUACAAUCAAAGUAGUCCGACCAACUGCACGGUGUACUGCGGCGGAUUGACCAAUGGUUUAACAGAAGAACUCAUGCAGAAGACUUUCUCACCCUUCGGAUCCAUCCAAGAAAUUCGAGUAUUUAAGGACAAAGGCUAUGCCUUCAUCAGGUUUUCUACCAAGGAGUCGGCCACGCACGCCAUUGUAGCGGUACACAACACAGACAUCAACGGCCAAACGGUGAAGUGCAGUUGGGGCAAGGAGAGUGGAGAUCCUAAUAAUGCCCAACAAACUGGACAGGCGUUAUCGUCGGCGACGUAUCCUUACUACGCGGCGGCGGCAGCUGCCGCCGCGGCGGCGGCGGGCGUCGCGGGUGUCGGAGGCGUCGGUGGCGUCGGCAGUGCCGGACAACUCGGAUACUGGUAUCCGCCCCAAUCUUAUCCCACGACAGCGACACAAAUGCAAGCUGGUGGCUUUCUUCAGGGCAUGCAAGGAUACACCUAUGGACAGUUCGCCGGAUAUCAACAGGCGCAAUAUAUGGGAAUGGGCAUGGGUGCUGUCCACGCUGCUGGCACAGCGGCAGGAUGGGGUCAGGGAUUACCUGGGGGACCACAGUUACCACCACACCACGCCACGACGGUCACGGCACCCCCAGGGGUGCAAGCCGCACCCCCGCCACCACCGCCGCCGGCGCAAAUGAUGGCCUACCCGAUGCAACAGUUCCAGAAAUUGGGUGACUAGCCUCGAGGACACGGCACGAGUACGCAAAGAGAAAGCAACAAAAUUAUAAAUAAAUAUAUAUACAUACAUAUAAAUACAAAAAUGCAUAUAUUAUAUAUAUAUAUUAUAUAUAUAAAUAUAUAUAUACUUGCGUGCAGCGGCGGCGAGAGCUGUUAUUUUCAAUCGUCGUGCGUAAAACAGAGCGCUGUGCGUGAGAAAGUUAGCUUUUAAGAAGUGACCCACACGUGAGAACAUAUAUAAGGAAAAAGCAAAAUAUCGUGUACAUUAUUAGUUAGGCGAAAGAAAUAAAAAUAAAAAAUAUAGGUUAUUUUUGUGAAAGGUGGAACGAGCGAGGGGAGAGAGGGCGAACGCGCGAAGAUUGGAAGGCAAGAGAGGGACCCGAAAUUACAGACCGUAAAUUCAUAAAUUAGGAAAAACAUUACCGCGUGCACGCGUUUGCAUGUCUGUCAAUCAAAUCUCGUGGAGUAACGCAUCUCGGGAGGCGUUCGCAACCAACCAAACAAAGAUAUCAAUUGGAUUCGACACUGACACUAUCUUCUACGUUCCUUUCGUUCCGCCCGAUCGCUCCCCUUGUCGAAUCGCUCGCUACGCACUCGGACUCGAUUCCACCUUCGACAGAGAAAAAAAAAGUGAGGGAUCCUGCACUCUUUUAAAGAAUCAGUCUGGACGCCCGACCUGUAAAAAGUCUAUUUGAAGAAAGGCGCCUUAAACAAGUAAGGCGUGUACAUGAUGACUUAAUGUAGUCUCGUACGCGUGUUGUCUAGGAACAUGUAACCGAGCGGAGCCGGCCGAUUUCGUGUGCGCGUCGUCGGCGUUAAACCGGGAAACCAAAAUGUAGCAUAAAGUGAUAGAUAGAUAAUUAUUAAUGUAAUCUAACUUGUAGUAGGGGUUAAAAAAAAGGGAGCAGCGCGGACGGAAACGACGGAAACGCCGGGGAAAUUGCGAAUCAGGACGAAAUAAAAACUGUAAAAAAAAAAAUAACAAUGGGGGUGGGUGAAGCUAACCCGACGAGAGCCAUAGCGUAGAGCGAGAAAAAAAAAUCGGCAGGAGGUCCGCGCUCUUAUUUAAGUCACGCGGACGCGUCUCUUCUCCCGGAGGGGAGACGCGCGCACGAGGUGUAAAACAUACGCGUAUGUAAAUACACACAACACCAAGUACACAGGAUGCACACUGCGUAAGCGUAGCGGCGAGAGAAACUUAAGCAAGAGCUCUAGACGUAGUCUAGUCUAGUCUAGCUUGUCGAUCACUAGGUUAAUGGAAAAAAAAGAAAGCGUUCAUGAGAAAUAGUGCAAUAACUAAUAUCCGCAAGUUAUACUCAGUCAGCACUCACCCUUAUACGGCAGGACACGUGUAUAUGCAUAUACCUACCGAGGGGACACAGACACACACACACACACGUAACACACAUCCAAAAAAUACAGAGACACGCGUGCUGCGGCUGCUGCCUCCAUCCUUCGCCCGCGUCCUUAAGAAUCUCCAACCGGACAACGUGCGAGAGACAGUGCGUAAUUCGCGCGCCAUUCCAUGAUCUUUUACCGCCGCGCCAAUUUUUUAGCGAGCGACCCUUCAGCUUCCGGACCAUCCGAUCCCCAUCCGAAUCCGAACUGCGUUCUCGCGUUACGACAAAAUUCGACGCCGUGCCUUUUUUUCGUCCCUGCGAAUCCCCGAUUCCCGUCACGCGCGUCAGCGCGUCCUUCUCUCUUCCCUCGGCGCGUCACUCUCGGGCACUCGUGUCACUUGGACUCUUCUUCGUCCGCGGCCUUUACCCUCUCACCCUCCCCUCUCCUCCCCCCCCCCGCGUUGCUCUCGUAUUUGUCACCACGACCGGACGUCCUGUUGCCAUCGUACACGUUCCUCCGCCCGGGCAGGCUUCUCUCGCGGAGACUUACCAAACGAUAGUCGACAAUCAUUGAAGAAACAUACAUUUAGAAACUUGUACGUGUUCUUUUCACCGGGGGCUAGAUAUUAAUUAUCGUUACCGACGUGUUUGCACAAGUCCCGUGCAGGCAAUGGACAGAGGGGAGGUAGGGUGGUCGGUCCUGGAGGAAGUAAGAGAGCACAAAGGGGUGUUUAUCGAUUGCCCUAUCGCGAUGCUACCCUAUCGUGUUCGCGAUGCUUUAGCCGCUCGCGGGUGCACCGCACAACGCGAUUUUGAUAUCGAUCGUCACGUAGGUACCGCGAGUGAACACACGAAACAUAUCAUCGAGCCAAUCAGUCGAAUCCAGCCACUCCCAAUUAGGAGCUGCAAUGAGGGACGUGGAAUGCAAUUAAGCAAUUGGUGCUUCAGAUUACUCAAACUGCAGCUGCGCUCGCGGAAGCGGGUUUUCUUUCUUCGCCCCGUGGCAACGGAAUCGUCGCGUCGCGUUUCGACACGAGACUCGGCUGACCAAUCGAUCUCGCGAGAUUUCGUUAUGCUGACAAUUGUUCACUUCGACGUGAUCCGAGUGUGAUGUCUACAGAAAGAGAGUAUUUACGAUGGCUGUGUGCACUCAAAUUUCAAAGCCGUUGCUUUAAUAUUCAUUCACACACUAACUACGGCAUUUAUCUGCGACAGAUCGGGAGUAGCAAAUUAUUGAAAUUUUAUACGCUUAUAUUGUCGGGCGUAGGCAUUAUUAAAUGCACCCUUUUGUUCCUACCGAAUAAUUUCAUUAUAGAAGCGUAAACUAGGAAUUAAUUAAAAAUUAAUUUUGUUCAAGCGAAUGUUGCUCAUAAAAUUUAAGCGGUAAAUCGCAACUAAACGCACGUAUAUUUUCUUUCCAAGCGUGGUGCAUUUAGCUUAACUAUUUAUAUUGAGGUGUCCCUUGAGAGAAAGGAAAAGGAAGAGAGAGUCUAACGUAAUUCUUAGCGGGACGAGGGCAGCAGUCGGGCCAAAUUGGGAUACUUACCGAUGCAAAGCACCGUGGAAACAGCUUAGCGUUAGUGCAAGAAUGUUUAAGAGAAAAAGCACACAAUGAAAGAAAACAAAAGUAGGAGCCGUAAGCGUAGAUACCGAGCAUAACAUAAAGUAAUGUAUGUAUAUAAUCAUAUAUAUUACAAGAAAGACUACAAACAACACGCGCGCAUCUAUAUAUAUGAUACAGAUAUGUAUAUUAUAUAUACAUAUAUAUAUAUACAUAUAUGUGUAAGAAGAUAAUAUUAGCCAACAAAUAGAAACUAUAUCGAAUAUAAGCUUAACAAGGAGGAGAAGGAGGACGAGGAGGAGGAGGAGGUCGAGGAGGAGGAGGAGGUGAACGAAGGAGCGAACGAAUGCGGGUGCGCGACGUCUGUAAAUGCGCGCCCCGCGGCAUACUGUGUUAAAUACCUUUAGCUGUAAGAAAUAACAAAACACAUUGAAGCAUAAGUUGUGAAAGAAAAAAUAAAUGUUGUGGCUAGCCUGCCGGACCCCCCGUGCCCUCGAAUAUAGAUACAUGUAAUUGUACGAAGCGAUAGUGGGAGACAGAAAGAGAAAGAGAGUGAAUGAGCGAAAGAGUGCGUGAAAGAACGUGUGAAAGAAAAGGGAUUAAAACAGGGCGAGCAUGCGAGGUAGAAAGGAAAAACGAAUAAUAUGGGUCGUGUUUCGCGACACGAUAGGGGCAAAUAAAGUAGAUGAAAGUGAGGGAGGAUGACGAAAAGGGGGAGGGGAAAAAAGAAACGAUAUCCAGGUACGUCGCGAGAGAGCGGAAGGAAGCGUCGCUUCGCGUGGGCGUCACGUAGGAAAUCCGAGACCGAGUGUUAUGAUAAUUACCGCGUCCGAUUCAUACAGAGACACUACGACGUUCCUUCAGUUUUUUUUUUCUCGUAGCUUUUCGUACGACUUGACGAAGCGUGCGUUGCGGGACCCCGUAGAGAUAUGGCCCUUCCCCCUAAUCCCGGCGCGAUACGCGGCAUAUCACUUACGACUGUACGCUAAGAAGUUAGGUGCCUUUGUCCACUUCUUUACGUGUGUGUAUUUCUGUGAAAGGGAUGAACAAUGAGAGGAAACGAAAGAGAGAGAGAGAGAGAGAGAAAAAAAGACACCGGAAUACAAACGAACGAAUGGCAAGAGGAACGCACUCCGGUGCAGCGUACACGUUACACUGUAUUGUCACGCGUGUGAAACGGCACGGCGGCGAGCUCGUGAGGGGAAAGGGGCCGGUAAUAUGACAUCCAUCCAUCGUGCAUCGUGUUCGGCACUGCGCUUAUAUUAUAUUACGAAACAGUAGGCGCGUCGUGAGCACAAACGUUAUAAUAACGAGAGCUACGGGGAUGAUCACAAGCCACCCCCCGCGCGCGACUUAAAUAAUAUACUUCCGCGAUUAAACGUACGGCCCGCGGGGUCCCACGGCAGCCUCGUUGCAUAUUUAAGUUAUAAGGAGCUGGGGACGGCUCGAGAGCGGCAUGCCGAGCGAAAGUUGUAUAAUGUACAUGUAAUUUGCAACGAUGUGGAAUAUACGCGCGCGCCGCGCGACGCACGCACACAGCCACGAACACGCACAUAGACACACACGUGUAUACAGACGCGCGCAGGGAGAACAAGAGAGCCGUGUACAAUGCGCGCGAAUAGUAGAAAUGGACGUGUGUACACUGGCAGAGAGAGAGAGGGUGAGAGAGAGAGAGUGUGUGUGUGUGUGUGUGAUCACACUUGCAGGAACAAUUUUCACAUGACACACGUACAAAGCACACACACACAAAAUACUACCGAGACGCCCUGGACGUGCGUAGGGGAAAAAAGAAGAAACGUGUAUGAUAUUAUAUAUACAUAACAUAGCAUAUAAAAUACAUUAUAAAUAAUGAUGAAUAUAAAUAAAAAUAUAUAUAAAUACUAUGGAAAAAGUAAACAAAGUAUAAAUAUGAAGGAAGUAUAUAAACGAAAAUAUAGAAUAAAACACGCAUAGGCUUAAGAAUACAAGAUAUUAUUAUGAUGAUGUAUGGUUGGUUUAUAAUGUAAAAUAUAUUAUAGAAAAUGUA